CUGAAUAAAAUUCGUAUAACAAAAAAUAUAUGUACCGUCUAAGCCCUAAUUUCGAAUCCAUCGCAACCUAACGACCCUUUAACCCCUUCUCCUCGACGAAUACCUCUCUCUCUCGCUCUCUCUCUCUCUCUCUCAAGCGGUGCCUUUCUAGGGUUUCUGCAAAUCAUGGCUACAGACAGUGGUAGCCAAGACCAAUCUCACAAGUCUCACCGCUCUCACCAGUCCGGUGCGAAAGCCGAAAAGAAGAAGAGCAAAAACAAGCACGGCGGCGGCGACCAGAAGCAGCACAAUCCCAAGGCAUUUGCUUUUAGUUCGACGGUAAAAGCGAAGCGGUUGCAGUCACGUGCGACGGAGAAAGAGCAGCGCAGGCUACAUGUCCCGACCAUCGACCGCUCCACGGGGGAGCCAGCGCCAUAUGUUGUGGUGGUGCAGGGCCCUCCGCAGGUUGGAAAGUCUCUUUUGAUAAAGUGUCUUGUGAAGCAUUACACGAAGCACAAUCUACCGGAUGUCCGAGGCCCCAUUACCAUUGUGUCAGGAAAGCAAAGGAGGCUGCAAUUCGUUGAGUGCCCGAAUGAUAUUAAUGGAAUGAUUGACGCUGCCAAAUUUGCUGAUCUAGCAUUGCUUCUUGUAGAUGGAAGUUAUGGUUUUGAAAUGGAAACUUUUGAGUUCCUUAAUAUUUUGCAAACUCAUGGAUUCCCUAAAAUUAUGGGUGUUCUGACACACCUUGAUAAGUUCAAGGAUGUAAAGAAACUUAAAAAAACAAAGCAGCGCCUCAAGCAUCGAUUCUGGACUGAAAUAUAUGAUGGAGCUAAACUAUUCUAUUUGUCUGGUCUUAUUCAUGGGAAGUUUCCUAAACGAGAGGUUCACAAUCUUGCAAGGUUCAUUUCUGUUAUGAAGUUCCAUCCUUUGUCUUGGCGAGUUACCCAUCCUUACAUGUUGGUAGAUCGUUUUGAAGAUGUCACUCCUCCGGAAAGGGUUCAUAUGAAUAUUAAGUGCAAUAGAAAUGUCACUUUAUAUGGUUAUUUACGUGGCUGUAAUUUGAAGAAAGGAACCAAGGUGCACAUUGCUGGUGUUGGUGAUUACAAUUUAGCUGGCAUUACUAGCUUGGCAGAUCCUUGUCCUUUACCUUCGGCUGCCAAAAAGAAGGGACUGCGGGACAAGGAGAAGCUCUUUUAUGCACCUAUGUCUGGACUUGGGGAUCUCCUUUAUGACAAGGAUGCUGUCUACAUAAACAUAAAUGACCACUUUGUGCAGUUCUCUAAAGCUGAUGACGAGAAUGUAGUGACGCGCAAAGGAAAGGACCGGGAUGUUGGUGAGAUUUUGGUAAAAUCACUUCAGAACACGAAAUGUUCAGUCGACCAGGAGUUAGAAAAUAGCUUCAUUAAUCUUUUUGCCAAGAAAGUUAAUAUCUUAUCAGAAGCUCCAACUGACCAAGAGGAUGCUCACAAAUCAAUGGAUCAUAUCAGAGAUGUAGAGCCUGCAGAGAACUAUCAGUCUGGAGAACCUGAGACUGAUGAUUCUGAUGAAGAAAGUGAUGCAGAGGAGUUGGAUGGUUCAGAAAUUUCAGAUGAAGAUGAAACUUAUCAAGGGGGUCUGAAGAUGAAAACCAUGGAUAAUGAUUCUGAGGAAGACAAUAGUAAUGUUCUGGAGGAGCAUUUUCCUCCAGAAAAAGGCUUGAAGGAACAUAUUGAUUUUCAUGAUGGAAGAAUGAGGAGAAAAGCUUUCUUUGGAGAUGACUUUGGUCAAGACCAUUUGAUGGAUUUGGGGGACAGUGAUGGUGCUGAAGAUGACGAUCCAGAUGACAGAUCUUCUCAUUCAGAUUCUUCAGAGGAUGGAGAGAACGAUUAUAGAGAUGAAUAUGAGAUGGGAAAUUCUUCAAAAUGGAAAGAGUCCUUGGCAGAGAAGACCGUUUUGAGACAGAAUGCUAAUCUGGAGCAACUUGUAUAUGGAAAAUCUGAAAAAAUGGCCAAUAUUUCUGACCAAGCUCAAGCUAGCAGUGAGGAUGAAGGCAAGGAUGAUGAAUUCUUUACGCCGAAAGGAGAGGGAACUAAGAAAUCAAGCGGACGAGUGGAUGGUGAUAAUGUCAAUAUUGAUGACUGUUCCAAGUUCGUAAAUCAUGCAAGUCUUAAGAACUGGAAAAAUGAAGCAUUAAUUGAAAGCAUUCGUAACCGUUUUGUCACUGGAGACUGGUCAAAGGCUGCUCAACGUGGUCAAGUGUCAGAAGCUAUUUGUGAUGAUGAUGAUACCGAAUUUGGAGAGUUUGAGGAUUUGGAAACGGGUCAGAAGUACGAGAGCCACAAUGCUUGCGAUGAUCUCCAGGAGGAGGAUGCCACUAAAAUUGAAGAGCGGAGGCUUAAGAAGCUUGCUUUGCGUGCAAAAUUUGAUGCUCAGUACAAUGGGUCUGAAUCACCAGAUGAGGAUACUGAUACCAAAAAUGGUGCAAAAUCGCACCGAGGUCAAGCUAAUGAAGGUGGAUUUUUUGAUAAGCUGAAGGAGGAGAUCGAGCUUCGGAAACAAACAAAUCUAGCUGAACUCAAUGACCUUAAUGAGGCAACUCGGAUAGAAAUAGAGGGUUAUAGAACUGGAACUUACCUAAGAUUGGAGGUUCAUGAUGUUCCCUUUGAAAUGGUUGAAUAUUUUGAUCCCUUCCAUCCUGUUCUUGUUGGAGGAAUCGGUCUUAGCGAAGAGAACGUUGGAUACAUGCAGGUGCGGUUAAAGCGCCAUAGAUGGCACAAGAAAGUACUGAAGACUAGAGAUCCAAUAAUUGUUUCUAUUGGAUGGAGGCGAUACCAAACUACACCUGUUUAUGCCAUUGAGGACCGCAAUGGACGGAGUCGUAUGCUCAAAUACACUCCUGAGCACAUGCAUUGUCUUGCCAUGUUUUGGGGUCCACUUGCACCUCCACAUACUGGGGUAGUGGCUGUUCAAAAUCUAUCAAACAAUCAGGCAGUAUUUAGGAUCACAGCGACUGCAUCGGUAUUGGAGAGCAACCAUGCAACUCGAAUAGUGAAAAAGAUCAAGUUAGUUGGGUACCCCUGCAAGAUCUUCAAGAAGACAGCUCUUAUCAAAGAUAUGUUCACGUCAGAUCUUGAAAUAGCCAGAUUUGAAGGUGCAGCUGUUCGAACUGUUAGUGGAAUUCGGGGGCAGGUGAAGAAGGCUGCAAAAGAAGAGAUCGGUAACCUACCCAAAAAGAAAGGGGGAGAUCCUAAAGAAGGAAUUGCAAGGUGCACCUUUGAGGACAGAAUUCUGAUGAGCGACAUUGUUUUCUUGCGUGCAUGGACUCAAGUUGAUGUUCCUCAGUUUUACAAUCCGUUGACUACAGCAUUACAACCCCGUGACAAGACAUGGCAAGGAAUGAAAACGGUGGCCGAAUUAAGGAGGGAAAAGAAUAUCCCAGUACCACUCAGCAAGGAUUCACUCUAUAAGCAAAUUGAGAGGAAGAUGCGGAAAUUCAACCCAUUGGUCAUUCCUAAGUCGUUGCAGGCAACUCUGCCAUUUGCCUCAAAGCCCAAGGAUGUUCCCAGUCGGAGGCGUCCACUCCUCGAAAGUCGGAGGGCUGUCAUCCCGGAACCUCAUGAGAGUCAAAUUCAUGCGCUUGUUCAACAACUUCAGCUUAUUAGACAUGAGAAGCUGAGGAAGCAAAAGCUUAAGGAAGUGGAGAAGAGGAAGGCGCGUGAAGUGGAGAAGGCCAAGGAAGAGCAGCUUUCGAAAAAGCGCCAGAGAGAAGAACGGCGGGGAAGAUACCGUGAACAAGACAAAUUAAAUAAGAGAAUCCGGAAAAAUACUGAGGGCUAGAAGUUCCAAGAGAUUUAAGGCAGAAGGGUCAAUGGUGUAUCGUGUGUGAUCUGAUGCACAAUAAUUUGAGAUCUCUGAAGUGCACCACUAACUUUGGUGCUUUCAAGGAGAUAACCCAGCAAAACCAGCCAUGACAGGACAAGGUAGUGUGUGACAGAAUGCGUUUGUAUUUAUUAGCGGAGUAGUGAAGAGAUAUUUUUGCAUUAGCCUCUGUAAUGGAAAGGCACAGAGGGAGCGUUUCGAUAAAAUUCCAUGGCCUGCGGAAAAUGUGUCAUCUAAUUUAUGCAUGCUCCUGGUUUCGAAGUUUUGGGGUUUAACAGGAAAAACUUUUAAAAAUGGGGAAGAGACCCAAAAAUCCAAUGCGGUGUUUUUUUUUUUUAUAUUCAUGUUUAGAACGUCAUUAUUUAGUUUACUUGUAUUAUUCCGAUCA